AUGCCUCAACCAAACACCUUGUUCGGCGGCGCAUUAAUAGGCACCAGUUUCACUACAUCAGAUCAGGUGCAAGAGCUCCUUGAUCUAUUAAAAUCUCUCGGCAUUAAUCGCAUCGAUACUGCAGCCAGAUACUCGCCCACUGCGCCUGGAUCAUCUGAGCGUCUUCUAGGUGAAACAAGAGCCGCAGAGCAGGGCUUCAUUAUCGAUACCAAGAUUAACGCAGUGAGUGGUGAUGGAGCAGGGUCAUUGACCGCAGCUGCUAUCGAGAAGUCAUUAAAGGAGAGCCUGUCUCGUCUACAAACGAGCAAGGUCAACGUUCUGCACUUCCACAGACCUGAUCCUCAAACCUCUGUCGCCGAGCAAGCGGCCGAGAUUCAUAGGCAACAUCUGGCUGGUCGCUUUGACAAGUUCGGUCUAUCGAACUUUCCACCUGAAAUGGUCGCAAAUUUUAUUUCUGUCUGCGAAGAAAAGAGUUACGUCAAGCCAAGUGUAUAUCAGGGGUUGUAUAACCUUCUCAGUCGUGAAAGCGAGGAGACGCUAUUUCCCUUGCUCCGAAAGCAUAAAAUCGCAUUUAACGCAUACAGUCCUCUUGCAGGUGGAUUCUUGACUGGGCGGGCAACUCGUGGAGACGCCGAGGGGACUCGAUUCGGGCAAAGCAAUAAGAUCGCCAGCCCUCUGACUGCCAAGUAUAACACUUCGGAAAUGCAUGCAGCUAUGACCGAUCUACUGAAUACUUUGGAGCCCCUUGGCAUUGCGGGCUCCGAAGCUUGUCUCCGGUGGCUGUACUAUCACUCUGUCUUAAGUGAGGAAGAUGGAGUCAUUUUGGGUGCCAGCAAGGUCCCGCAGAUCGCGCAGAACCUGGCCGAUAUAUCGAAAGGACCCUUGCCGACGGAGGUGGUGCAGAAGAUAGACUUGCUCUGGGAAAAAGUCCAUUAA